AUGUCUUUACAAAGGCAACAAGAAAAAGGAUGGGUACAUCAUUAUGACAAGUUACGAAAAAUAGGUUUAGAAUUUGCAGUAAAUAAUUGGACAAAAAUACGAGAUACAGAUAAUAUGAAACAAGUAAUGGCAUGUGGAAAUAUGACCUGGAUAGAACACUUGAUGGAUGAAACUUAUUCAAUUAGAAAUUAUAAGAAAUAA